UGAAUGCAAGCGAUUGCGAUCCAGGAGCCGGCGACCGUCGCGACUGGCUGCGAGGCUGUCGAUCGACUGCUCGAGGGCGGGUUCCCGACCGGCCUCGUGACCGAGAUUUGCGGCGUCGCUGGCAGCGGCAAGACACAGCUCUGUCUGCAGCUGCUACUGCGCGCCCAGCUGCCCCGUGAAUCCGGCGGCCUCGAAGCCAGCAGCUGCUACAUGUACUCGGACGGACUCUCACCUCUCAAGCGGCUCGACCAGCUCGCGAGCGCCUCUGCGCAGCCCGUGUCGCUGGACCACAUCUUCCUCGAGGCUGCAACAGACGCCCCGCAGCUUCUCCACGCCUUGAAGACACGGCUGCCGCCACUUUUGGACCAGCGCAACGUACGUCUCGUCGUCAUUGACGCGAUCACUGCCGUCUUCCGCGGCGUCUCGGUCGAGUCGGCGUCCGAGGCCGGCGACCGCACGCGCGUCAUGUUCGAGAUGGUCAACUGCAUGCGGAUUCUCGCCGCGCGGUUCAACGUCGCGUUUGUCGUCGUCAACCAAAUGACAGCCAACAUGAAGGUCGACGACCGCGACGCCGCCGUGCCCGCGCUUGGGCUCGCGUGGUCCUCCUGCGUCAACCAACGCUUCCAGAUUGCCAAGACGCGCCACGCCAAUGUACGGUCGCUCAAGGUGCUCUUCUCGCCCUACUUGGCCCACGACAUGCUCGCCACGUUUGAAAUUACGCCCGAGAAGCUCCUCUGAACGCGAUGGUGUUUUUAUGUGGCACAUGCCAUCUUCGACCCACCUAAUUUCGGCAGAUGGACC